AUGACACAAUUAGACGCAAUAAAUAACACACCAUAUACAAAAAAAGCAUCAAGUUAUGUUAAUAUUAUAAAUGAAUUACGUCGAAUCGGUACUGACUCUACAGUCAGUUUACCAACAAUAGUUUUUUGCGGUAAUCAAUCAGCUGGAAAAAGUAGUUUGAUCGAAGCUAUUUCGGGAGUCAAGCUCCCAAGAUCUGAUGGCACUUGUACAAGGUGCGUAAUGGAAAUAAGACUUAGCGAAUAUGUAGAUGAGUGGAUGUGUCAAGUUUUUUUGCGUAAAGAGUAUGAUGAAAAUGAAAACAGACUCAAUCGACCAAUUGAAUCAAAAUUCGGUCCUUUAAUAAUUAAUCCCGAUGAUGUGGAAUUAAUGGCACGUAGGGCACAAAAAGCUCUAUUAAAUCCAAGGAAAAAUAGUGACAUAUAUUUUAAUUGGGAUUUUGGUAAUAAAAAUUAUGAUGAUGAUUCUAAAUCAAAUGCUAUUAAAUUUACCCGAUGUCCCAAAUCUAAGAUAUACUCAGAAGAUGAAAAAUUUAUCGCACUAAUCGAAGAACUAGUUAAAGAAUACAUAGAGAAAGAAAAAUCUAUCAUUGUAGCAACAAUCUCAUGCAAAGAUGACAUUGAUAAUCAAGCCAUC